AAAUUACCAGUAACUGUGUAGAGUACAACUCUAAAAAUUGUCAUUUACCGAAAGAAUGUAAAGAGUUAGUGUUUAAUUUUUAACAUUUUGAAUGAACAUUUAAAAGUAUCUUUGAGAGAUUAAUGAAAUUUUCAUGUCACAACGUUGUUGACGCAUGAUUAGAUCCGCAAAUAAGUUAUAGAGUGGUACGUACGUAAGUUAAGAUAAUGGAUAACAGAUAAAGUUUCAAAAACUGCAAAAUAUGGAUCACGUUAAAAAGCGGGCUGGACCAAGGCAUCCGCUUCUUAAGGCAAACCUGGUUUCGGUGGCCACGUUCUUUUACACAUUGAAAUUAUUUAGAAAAGGUGCUAAACUAGACUUGGAAGAAGAAAACCUCUAUGAAACUUUACCUAAAUUCAAAUCAGAUAAAUUAGGAAAUGAACUUGAAAAAGGGUGGGAAAAGGAAGGCAAAAACUCAGUAUGGCGUCUACUGUUCAUUUGUUACGGAAAAGAAGUCUUUCUUUUGGGGUUGUCAGAGUUGGUAUUUAAAUCACUAAUUAUAAUACUCCAACCACAUGCACUGAGUAAAAUAAUUAGCUACUUUAGUCCAAACCAGACCAGUAUGACCAAAAACGAUUUAUAUUCAUACGCUGGUCUUAUGAUUGUCAUCAACGUUACAGAUUUUGUUUACACCCACAAUUAUUUUCUAGCACUGAAUACACUAGGAAUUCGAAUUCGUACAGCACUUUGUUCCCUCAUUUACUGCAAAGCAUUAACACUAAGACAAGACCAAAUUUCAAUCGGAAAAUUUACCAACCUCUUGACUAAAGACAUUCCCAGUUUGGAGGCUUUUCCAUAUUUCGUUAAUGACUUAUGGAUUGUGAUUCUCCAAACAAUCGUCGUUUCUUUCGUAAUGUACCAAAAACUGCAAGUGGCCACCUUUGCAGGAGUUGGACUUUUCAUAAUCGUAUUGCCGUUACAAAUUUAUAUGGGCUCUUGGGCGGCUAAAUUACGAAUGAAAAUGUGCAAAAAAGUAGAUGAACGAUUGCAAACUACACAGGAAACUUUAUCAGCAAUCAAAAUUAUUAAAAUGUACACUUGGGAGAAGUUUUUUAUUAACAGAGUCUCCAAAACAAGAAAAAAUGAAGUUAAAAGUAUGCACCGGAUUUUUUACUUGAUAUUCUUGCUAAUCGAAAUUGGCGUUCUUAAUGGUAACAUUGCCUUUUACCUUCUCAUAAUGACCUACAAAUGGUUGGGGAACCUUGUAACUGCUGAAAUCGUCUACUUUAUUGAUAGUUGCUUUAAUAAUUUAGUAUUUGCCUUAGGGAUACGUUUCCCUUACGCUCUUACACAAAUAGCAGAAGCUGUUGCCUCCGUCAAAAGAAUAGAAGACGUUUUAAAGGCACCAGAAUUGCACGAAAACGUAAAUGACGCUAAUCCAAUAAUCAAACCAAAAAUUAAUUUAAAAAAUGUUAAUGUUGCCUUUAGCGACACUCAAAUUCUUCAUUCUAUCAAUUUAGAUAUUGACUUGGGCGUCACUCUAAUAACAGGACCUGUCGGAAGUGGCAAAAGCUUUCUGCUGAAAACGAUACUAAGGGAAUACGAACCCACCAAUGGUAGCAUCCUAACCCAAGGACGCAUCUCUUACGCUUCUCAAGAUCCUUGGCUUUUUCCUUCUUCGAUCAAACAGAAUAUUUUGUUUGGGGAAAAAUACGACGAAGCCCGAUACCAACAAGUGUUGAAAGUUUGUGAUUUGAUUUACGACUUUGAGCUAUUGGCAGACGGUGAUAACACCAUUGUUGAAGAUCGCGGUAAUAAUUUGAGCAAAGGACAGCAAGCUCGGGUCAAUUUAGCUCGUGCCGUUUACCGAGAGAGCGAAAUUUACCUCCUGGAUGACUGUUUGUCAGCUCUCGAUAGCCAAGUCAACGACUAUAUUUUCAAAGAAUGUAUUUUGAAAUUUCUCCAAAACAAACUAGUGGUGUUUGUUAGUCAUAACGUGAGCCAUGUGAAAGAAGUUGAUAAUGUUAUAGUAAUGCGGCAUGGAUCUAUCCUGUCUCAUGCCAAGUCCACGGAAAUUCCUGAAAAGGAAAUUUUGGAAGAAAUCAAAGGAAAUGAAAAGGAACUGCGCAAAGUAGAGAAUGAAGACGGCGUGGAUGAGGAAAGUAAACUGAUAACCGAAGCAAUAAAAGAACAAAAAGUGUACCAAGAAUUCAAAAAGCAAGGCGUCGUUGAAUUGGAAGUGUACAAGAAAUAUAUGCAAUACUGGGGUGGUAUUUUUGUCACUCUUUUAAUUCUUGCAGUUUUUGGUAUUUCGCAGUUUGUUCAAAGUUAUUCCGACAAAUUAGUUAGUAAAUGGGUCAACACUGAACAAAAGCUAGCAAAUCUCACUCUCUAUGACGUUACGAAUAGUACAGAUAUGACCAAAGAAGAAACAAUAGAAAAUCGUAAUUAUAUUUUAAAAAUGUAUACAACGAUGAUAAUCGUAAACAGCGUUUGUCAUCUCGGUUGUAUGUUUGUCCUGUUCAAAGUGAUUCAACGAACUUCCAUAAAGUUACACAAACACAUGAUCACCCACAUGGUCAAUGCCAGAAUGAACUUUUUCGACACCAAUUUCAUCGGCAACAUCUUGAACAGAUUUUCUAAAGAUUUGACUGUAAUUGACGCCGGUCUCCCAAUUACUUAUUAUCAAAUUUUCAGAAUGUUUUCCAGUAUGAUUGGAAUAAUGUCGCUGAUUGCAACCGUUAACACAUUUUUUCUCGUUCCUUCGUUUUUAUUUUUCGGACUGCUGAUGGUAAUUUGUAAAUAUUACCUUCGGACAGCUCGCAGUUUAAAACGCCUGGAAGCCACCACACGAAGCCCAGUGAUUGGUUAUUUGAACGCCACCCUUGAAGGCCUAACAACAGUCCGAGCAUUUAAGAAUCAAAGCACUUUGAGACAAGAGUACGAUCGUCAUCAGGAUUUGUACACUUCGGCUUCUUACACUGCUUGCUCCUCAAGGGAAGCUUUCGCGUUCUGUCUAGAUUUCCUCUGUUUUAUUUUUGUAGCUUCAAUUAUCUCACGAUUUAUGUUUUUCAGUGAUGAAAUGUUGGGUGGUGACGUUGGCCUUGCCAUAUCUCAAGCUUUAAAAAUGACCGGAACUCUACAAUGGGCAGUACGAAUUUGGUCCGAAAUGGAAAACUCAAUGACCUCAGUUGAACGAGUCCUGGAAUAUAUUGAAGUCAAACAGGAGAAUAAACAAGGACAGGUCCUAGAAAACUGGCCGAAAAAAGGCGAAGUCAAAUACGAAAAUGUUUCCUUGUCUUAUAACAACUCGAACGAAUAUGUCCUGAAAAACGUGAAUUUCACGGCCAAUCGGCAGGAAAAAAUCGGAAUCGUCGGUAGAACGGGUGCUGGAAAAUCGUCUAUGGUUUCAACGCUUUUCCGCCUGUACGAAGUCGAGGGAAAAAUUACAAUCGAUGGCGUUGAUACAAAAACACUAGCUUUGGAUUUCUUGAGAAAGCAUGUCUCCAUUAUCCCGCAGGAUCCAGUCCUGUUUUCGGGAACAAUCCGCGAAAACAUCGAUCCUGAGGGAACUUACUCUGAUAAAGAGAUUUGGAAGAUGCUUGAAACGGCGCAUUUGAAGAAAUUUGUUCCAAGUUUGGAUUACAAUAUUGUUGGAAACAGCUCAAAUUUUAGUGUUGGCCAAAAGCAGUUGAUUUGUUUAGCCCGAGCACUCGUUAGAAAUAACAAAAUUAUAGUCCUGGAUGAAGCAACGGCCAACAUGGACCCGGAAACAGAUGCUUUGAUACAUCAGACGAUACAGGAGAAUUUUUCCUCAUGCACCGUUUUAGCGAUAGCGCACAAACUUGAUUCGGUACUGAAUUCAGAUAAAAUCAUCGUUAUGGAAAGAGGGGAGAUUAUUGAGUGUGGUGACCCUCGCAGUUUGUUGCAAAGUAAAGAAGGUGCCUUUUAUGAAAUGGUGAAGAAAUCAGAGUUGUUGUGACAUUAUUCUGUUCCAAGAUUUAAAUAAUUAAUAAAUAAGUUUUUUUAA